AUGAGGACAUCAGGGCAUGCAUGGAUGGCAGAAAACAAGACGCAGGAUUGGUCUAUUGGCCGUCGUUUUGUUCAACACCAAAAGAACUCUGCUCAUCAUUCCAGUGUCAAGCGCACGCCAUUCAAAGUCUUGUUUGUCUCUGCUACUAGGGUUGGUCUGGCAUCACCGAGUCCUCCUCUAGAGGUCCUUGAAAGAUUACAUUCAGAAGAUGACUUGCACGGCCUUUUUGCUAACCCUUCAGAAGAUGAAGGUCUUGCUCAAGAUCCCCAGCCUCUACCAGCAUCUGCAGCACCAGCUCCCACCUCUCACCCUACACCUGCUCAAGAGCCCCAAACUUCACCUCUUACAAAACGUCUGAGGAAAAUAACAGAACAAAGGACGAGGGCCAGGGAGGCACAACUCUCCCAGGCUGAACGCAUGGUGAAACGCAGCCGUAUAGACUUCAAGGCAAUGGAAGAAGGGGAUAAUGUUACUGUGCCCAUCCCCAUGAUGGGUAGAGGAAGGGGAGAUCCACGUAACAUCCUCGGUGUUAUCACUAGCCGCAGUGAAAAUGAUCUGUACGCAAUAACUGUGAAGAAUGGGAUUCUGAAGGCCAAGUACUCCCGCAACCAGUUUGAUAUAUGUCCUCAGAGGCUUCUUACUUUGUUUGAUGUCAACCCAAAAGAUCUGGUUUCCCACCGACAGGCUCUGAAGAAAUCAACUACUGGUGGACAAGGAUUCGUCAUAUGUGAUUGUGCUGAAAGUAAGACGUGUUGUACUAACAUAUGUAAAUGUUACAAGGCCAGUCUCAAGUUGUUGCCAUAG